AUGAAGAAGAUUAAGAAGAGCAGUUUGGAGGAGUCUGAAGAGGCUUUCCACUCCCUGAUUUCUAUUGAGAAUGAAAAUAUUGACAUUACAACAAAUCCAUUGUAUGAGGAAAUUUCAAACAUUUUUCAUGAACAAUUAAACGUGGCCACUGAACAGAGCUCCUCUUGGAUGGACUAUUAUUCCUUUAUCAGCAAACUAAAUAAGAUUCUCACAAGUCAAGAAGAUUCAAGAUCAAUGAUUAAUGAAGAAAUAUUUGCUCAAUUGAAGGAUAUUCCAUCUCAAAGAAUAAUGACUGUGUAUAAUGAAUUUCUACAAUCACAAAAGUCUCUUCCUGAUAAUGUUUGGGAAUCCACUUUGAUGGGAAUGAUUGUUAAUAUUCUUAAUCACCAAUUUAAAUUUAGGAAAAACAUUAUUUUCGGAACUCAAGAAGCAGUCCAAUAUGUUGACUCAUAUGCUGUUAAAGGUACAUCACUCAAGAACAAGGCAAGGCUUAUUCCAGACGCGUUUGCUCAGAUUCAUAUUUUUGAAGACCAACCUUUCGUGUUCUUUAAAUGUGGAGGACAGAGAGCUGAAACAUGGACACACAAAGACCAUUUUAAAAUAUAUAUUGAAAUGAAAGGCAUGCUUAAAGACUACGGAAUAUCUUUUGGUUACGCCAUAAGAGAGUCCGAUAUUUUUAAUUUAUCUUCCACAGAGGGAAUUAUUGCACUAACAACAUUUAUUGAAAAAAGAAUUGUAAAGGAAAUGGAUGUGAGAUUUGGUACAAACAAGCCGUCUAAUAUACACACAAAUGAAUUUGAAAAUCUUGAAGAAGGGAAACGAGUUUCAAAGAAAAUUCUUUCUGAAAUGUUUGUCAUUGGAGAGCAAAUUGGGGAAGAACAAGCAAAAGCUUCCAAUAUUGUUUAUAUAUUCAAGAAUUCGAAUCCAUAUGUUUUCGUCAGAUCAUUCAACAUCACCUCAUUCGUUGGAAUAUUUUAUUGGGCUGAAACGGUAUUUGAUCUGAAAUCUUAUCUAUUUUCUCUCUCUAUUAAGAAAAAUCAAGAACAACUAUGGAUGAAAAUUCUUGAUGAACAUCGAAGUGAUGAUUCAAGAAGUCGCAGUGAACAUGAACAUGAUGAAUCAAGUAGAAAUUUCCAUCAUGGACACAAUCAACAAUCGAGAGGUACCUCUUUUGAACCACCCUUCAAGUUUAUUCCUGACCCAAUGAAUGAAAUAGAGUGCGCUAUUGUUUUAGAGGAACUGUUGGCCUUGAAAAAUUUCCAGUUCUUACCAAGCUCUAUGAGAUGCGAUACAUCAUGCACCAGUUUUUAG